UUGAAUCUAAAAGCUCAUUAUCAAUAUCGUGUGCUAUUUUAUAGGCUGGGAGAUUUUUAUGAGUUGUUUGUUGAUGAUGCUAUUAGAGUUGUGAAGUUGCUGAAUAUAGUGCUAAUUAAGAGAGGUAAUUCGUAUAGGCAACAGGUG